AUGCCUCACGGCCUCUCUUAUCCCGGCCUUCGAUGCGUUUUGAAAAACUUGGAGGCAGUUAAGCGAGCACAUAUCAUUGGCCGCUCACCAGGUCUUCAAAAGGUAGAUAAAUUGAUUCCACUAUGUUUGAAGGAUUUUUAUAUUGCCAGGGACGAAAUGACUAUCAACACGUUAACAAUUAAAUAUGCCAAAGGUGAAGUGAAGUUCCAAAUGAAUGGGAAAACAAUCAGCCGACAGAUUUCAGAGAGCCGCGAAGACAAAAUGAAGAAAUUUUUCAACUUUUAUAUCAGUGGAAGGUCAAUCAUCCAUGUGGACUGGUUGUGUUGGAGUCACGGUUUUCUCCCAGAGGAUGUCGAUCUGAAAUUUAGAGUGAAUUCUUUGAGUACAACCUACUCAUGUUUCAAUACCGCAAUUUCUUUCAUAGACCCUCGUAGUUUUCCUCUAAAAACUCUGUUCACUUCUAUCGCCAACACCUCAAUUUUCGACAGCCAAGUUGUUAAGUCAGCUGAAACUCUUCUCCUGAAUCUCGCUGUUGAUCGGAUUGUCACUGUUGAAGACCUUAAGAAGUUGAACAACCAAACAGUUGUAUUCAAAUAUCUCGACCACACCACAGUUGAUAUGGUUUCAUUGAUUAAGUAUCAUAUUGAAACUAAGAAAGCUACAGGACCAACUUUUGUGAUUUCCACAAGUGACAAAGGUUUCAUCGAUAAUAUGCUACAUCAAUUUGAACUUGCGUUUGGGGAAAAUAGAGGUAUUUUGGAUGGCGUUAAUGAGAGAUUUGUCCCAGGAUCGUCUAGAUUCUCUAUCCCGAUCAGCGAUAAAUCAAGAAUCCAUAUCUAUGCAAAGAAGGCGUCACACAAAGGUUUCUAUGAAAUAAUUGUGAAUCCAGUGUCGGGUUUAUGA